AUGUCGAAUCCAUCCAUCCAUACUUGCAAACCACACUUCGCAAUAAACAUGACUCACGAGAUGAGCGAGACUAAUGGCUGCAGUAAUCUUUACCCGGAUAUACAUGAGAAGCCGGUUUCAUCAUCUAAAAAGUUCCUGGAUAAUGUACCGGAAGACAUGGCGCUGCUCAUGAAAGCGAACGACUUUGCCGCUCGUAGACAUAGAUUUCAAAAACGGAAGGAUCACCAUGGAACACCGUACAUCAAUCAUCCCAUAGGUGUAGCCUAUAUCCUGACAAACGAAGCUAAAGUCUUUGAUGCUGUCACACUUGCUGCUGCUCUUCUGCACGAUACCGUAGAGGACACCAAGACCACGUUGGAAGAAAUUAAAGAGCAAUUCGGACAGGAGGUUCAUGAUAUCGUAAAGGAAUGCACUGAUGACAAGACACUACCAAAAGAGGCUAGGAAAAAAGCUCAAAUUGAGAAUGCACCCCAUCAUUCACAUAAGGCGAAACUCGUUCAUCUAGCCGACAAACUCUACAAUUUGCGAGAUUUGGAGAGAGCCACUCCAGUUGGAUGGGAUCGUCGCCGAGUCAAGGAGUACUUUAAAUGGUCCAAAGAGGUGAUUGCUGGAAUGAAAGGAACGAAUGAGAAUCUCGAAAUGCUGCUCGAUGAUAUCAUUAAUAAGCAUUUGUCUUGAGCCUUACAAAAAAUCCUGUGAUUUCCUCGCACUUGCAGGUCUCUGAAUACAUUCGCAUUUUCGAAAAAUUAAUUCCUGCCUAGGUUAUGUGCCUAUUGAAGUGUUAUACAUAAUUAUUCUAUAAAUAUUUGAGAG